GUAUGUUUAUGCAAAAAACACGCAAUAUCAUCAUUAUAAAUCGAUGAUGAAGGAAACAUUUAUCAAAAUUCCAGAAGAACUGGUUCACUUUACAGUUCCUUUGACACAGCUGUAUGUAAACAACAUGAUGAAUUUACAAGUAACUAUAUUUAGUAUCUGCAUGGUGUUGACUCUAAUGCUACAUGAUGAAGUGAAAGCUGAAUCAUGCACUACACUUGAAAGGAAGAUAGUUCACAACUUACGGAAUAUGAUGAUUCCCAUUAAAUGUGGAUCUCAAACAAUGGGUGUAAGUGAUGAAAAAGACAGGCCAGCUUUUACAGCAACACUGAAAAGUCAUUUAAGUCUUUCUAAUGGUGCUGCAAUUACAUUUGACACAGUAAUUUUGAACCGUGGUGGAGGAUAUAAUCCGAAGACAGGAAUAUUUACAGCAAAAAAGAAAGGAUUAUAUCAAAUCUCUGCGACAGUCAUGUUACGUGAUGGAAUUUUUUACAUUACUAAAAAUGAAAUUAAAAUCUUGAGCUUGUAUGGUCCAAGUCUCCAUGGCGCAUCUGAAACUGCAAACCCUGUGCUAGAACUUGAAAAAGGAGAUAAUGUUUCUGUGAAAAGCUAUGGUUCACAAAAAAUAAAUGGUGAUUAUUAUUCCUAUUUUUCAGCAGUAUAUAUAUCUGAGUGAUAUAUUUUAAGGAAUACAAAUUAAAUAAAGAA